AUGGAACCAACUCCAUUUAACAGACGGCAAUGGACUUCUCUAUCGUUGAGGGUUACAGCCAAAGAACUUUCUCUUGUCAACAAGAACAACUCAUCGGCCAUUGUAGAAAUAUUCUCCAAGUACCAGAAAGCAGCGGAAGAAGCAAACAUGGACAAGAAGAGAAGUAACACUGAAAAUCUCCCCCAGCACUUUAGAAGGGGGAACCUGACUGCAUUAAGGAAGAAGUGGGAGAAUCCAGUGCCGGGAGCCGACUCUCUCCCAGACUCAGUGCGAAACAGCAGCGCAGAGGGCAGGCACAGAGACGACCCUUCUCCCGCUGAAGUGGUGGGCAGCUCUGCCUCUGGGGUCCAGGCUGACCAAGAGGAGCGAGUCCAACUCAGACCUAAGAUCAGAUCGCCUCCUGAAGCUCCUACUAAGUACCUGCACCCCCACAUCAAGGACAGAGAGCAUCUUAAAGACCCCUCAACAGAAAAUAAAAAGAUGGAAAAUUGUCUGGGAGAAUCCAGACAUGAAGUAGCAAAACCCGAAAUGAGUGAAAACGCAGAAACUGCAAACAAAAUAGAGAAAUACAAUGUUCCGCUGAACAGGCUGAAGAUGAUGUUUGAGAAAGGUGAACCAACUCAAACCAAGAUUCCUUGGGGCCAAAGCCGAAGUGCAGGUGGAAGGAAGAUGUCUGAAAAUAGCUAUUCUCUGGAUGACUUGGAAAUAGGCCCAGGUCAGCUGUCAUCUUCAGCACUCAACUCAGAGAAAAGAGAGAGUAGGCGAAAUCUAGAAUUCCCACGCCUGUCAGAAACCUCCAUAAAAGAUCGAAUGGCCAAGUACCAGGCAGCUGUGUCCAAGCAAAGCAGUUCUGCGAGCUAUACAAAUGAGUUGAGAGCCAGUGGUGGUGAAAUCAAAACUCAUAAAUUGGAGCAAAAGGAGAAUGUGCCCCCAGGUCCUGAGGUCUGCAUCUCCCAUCCAGAUGGAGAAAAGGUUUCUGCAUCUGAGGAUAGCCUGGCAACCCAUUCUACCCCUGCUGAAGAUGAUUCCCCAGGUAAUUCCCAGGUCAAGAGUGAGGGCCAGCAGCCUGUGCAUCCCAAGCCACUAAGUCCAGAUGCCAGAGCCUCCAGCCUUUCUGAAAGUUCUCCUCCCAAAGCAGUGAAGAAGUUUCAGGCACCUGCAAGAGAGACCUGCGUGGAAUGUCAGAAAACAGUCUACCCGAUGGAGCGUCUCUUGGCCAACCAGCAGGUGUUUCAUAUCAGCUGCUUCCGUUGUUCCUAUUGCAACAGCAAGCUUAGUCUAGGAACAUAUGCCUCUUUACAUGGGAGAAUCUAUUGCAAGCCUCACUUCAAUCAACUCUUUAAAUCUAAAGGUAACUAUGAUGAAGGCUUUGGACACAGACCACACAAGGAUCUGUGGGCAAGCAAAAAUGAAAACGAAGAGACAUUGGAGAGACCAGCCCAGCUUCCAAAUGCAGCGGAUACCCUUCAGAGCCCAGGGGUAGAAAAUGCCCCCAUUGAGAAAGUGGGUGUGCUAACUGCAAGUAUGGAAGCCAAGGCCUCCUGCCCGCUGGAGAGGGAAGACAAGCCAGCUGAAACCAAGAAGCUGAGGAUCGCCUGGCCACCCCCCACUGAGCUUGGCAGUUCAGGAAGUGCCCUGGAAGAAGGGAUCAAAGUAUUGAAGCCUAAGUGGCCGCCUGAGGAUGAAAUUAGCAAGCCUGAAGCUCCUGAGGAUAUAGACCUGGAUCUGAAGAAGCUAAGACGAUCUUCUUCUCUGAAGGAGAGAAGCCGCCCAUUCACCGUAGCAGCUUCAUUUCGAACCUCUUCAGUCAAGAGCCCAAAAGCCUUGUCCCCCCCUAUCAGGAAAGGCUGGAGCAUGUCAGAGCCAAACGAGGAGUAUGGAGGAGGUGUAGCAGCAGAAAGGAAACACAUGGAAAAUGCCAGUGCCUCUGAGAAGAAUGAGAGUGUGGGGAAAGCAACCUGGCCCAACAAGGGAUCUAAAGGAGGGGAGGCUGGGCGGAGAAGUAAGGAGAUUCACAGUUUUGAGAUGGGGAGUGAAAAUCUUAUAGAGAAUGGUGCAAACUUAGAUGAAAGUGAUAAAAACCUCCUCAAAAAGCAGUCUCCACUAGAACCCAAGUCAAAAACUUGGUCUAGCUAUACAGACAACCCCUCCACUAAAGAAUUCACUACUCAAAAUCAGAAAUCCCAGGAUGUGGGAUUCUGGGAGGAAGAAGUAGUUGAAGAGCUGUCUGUAGAGGAACAGAUAAAGAGAAAUCGGUACUAUGAUGAGGAUGAAGAUGAAGAAUAA